AUGGAUUCCGAUGCCCCAUCUUCUCCAUCCGCCAUGCCUUCCUCUCUACCUCCUAGCAGUGCUCCCGACCUGGUCCCAUCCGCCGAUGGCGGUUCGCCUCGUCGACCUAUAGCUGAUGCUUUAGCGAUGAGAAUUGAUGAAGCAGAAGAAGACAAUGAAGAGGGCGCCCAAGGAAGGAGGCGUAAAAGACCCAGACAAAUGAAUGGUGAUGUUCCUAUGGUCAAGGAUGCUGUCGGGGAGAGCCUUGCUGAGAGCUUCGAAACAUUUCUAAAAACAUUCACAGAAGAGAUAUCGCUGGCUGCUACUCCAGGAUCUGACGGUGCUGGAAUUGACGCACAAGGGGAACUGAUAUACAUCGAACAAAUUCACACAAUGCGUGAAUACGAAUUGACCACGCUCUACGUUGACUUUGGUCACAUACUUCAAAGGGAUGAUGUUCUCGCAGAUGCAAUUCAAAGACAAUACUACAGAUUUUUACCUUACAUUCGACGCGCCCUUCUCAAUCUCGUGACGGAAUACGAGCCAGAAUACCUGAAGAUCAACCCCACUGCCGCCACAACUGACUCAGCGAACCUCCAAUCCCGAGAAUUCAACGUCGCAUUUUAUCAUCUUCCACUCGUUUCCGGAAUUCGCGAGCUAAGGACGGAUAAGAUUGGGACCUUGAUGAGCAUUAGCGGGACGGUGACCCGGACUAGCGAAGUACGACCGGAGCUUCUUUUUGGCAGUUUCAUCUGUGAAAUAUGCAACGGACUUGUUCACGACAUCGAGCAACAGUUCAAGUAUACUGAACCCUCUCUAUGCCCAAAUCCAACAUGUGGAAAUCGUACUGCGUGGCAACUACAAAUUGACACCUCCAAAUUUACGGACUGGCAAAAGGUUCGCAUCCAAGAAAAUCCCUCAGAAAUCCCUACUGGAUCAAUGCCUCGUUCUUUGGACGUCAUACUACGUUCAGAAAUGGUUGAACGUGCAAAAGCUGGUGAUAAAUGUGUAUUCACUGGAACAUUCAUUGUUGUACCCGAUGUCAGUCAACUUGGUUUGCCGGGUGGAAAUAAAGCUCAAAUGCAACGCGAAGCCAGCAAAGGAAACGCGUCCACGGGUGGCGUUGGGGGAAACGGAGUUACGGGUCUCAAGGCAUUAGGUGUACGAGACCUACAAUACAAAACGGCAUUUUUGGCAUGUAUGGUGCAUGAUGCGGAUGGGCGGGCUGGUACCAACAUUCGAGGUGAAGAAGAAGUUGGCGAUGAAAGUGGACAAGCAUUUAUUCAAUCCCUCACUGAACCUGAGUUUGAGGAACUGAAAAGUAUGAUCGACUCGGAUCAUAUAUAUUCUCGCCUAGUGGAAAGCAUCGCACCUACGGUAUACGGGCACGAAAUUGUCAAGAAGGGUCUUUUACUUCAGCUCAUGGGGGGAGUCCACAAACAAACACCCGAAGGUAUGCAUUUGCGUGGUGACAUCAAUAUCUGCAUUGUUGGAGAUCCCUCAACCUCAAAGUCCCAAUUUCUGAAGUACAUUUGCUCUUUUUUGCCAAGAGCUGUAUACACCUCGGGAAAGGCUUCAUCAGCAGCUGGCUUGACCGCUGCUGUCGUCAAAGACGAGGAGACAGGGGAUUUUACUAUCGAAGCAGGUGCUUUGAUGUUGGCAGACAAUGGUAUCUGUGCCAUUGAUGAGUUCGAUAAGAUGGAUAUUGCAGACCAAGUUGCAAUUCACGAAGCUAUGGAACAACAAACCAUUUCCAUUGCCAAGGCCGGUAUACACGCUACGCUGAACGCUCGAACGUCCAUUCUAGCGGCUGCCAAUCCUAUCGGUGGUAGAUACGACCGCAAAAAGACACUGCGUGCCAACCUUCAAAUGAGUGCUCCUAUCAUGAGUCGGUUUGAUCUCUUCUUCGUAGUGUUGGAUGAAUGCGACCCCCAAACCGACCUCAAUAUUGCGAAACAUAUUGUAAAUGUUCACCGAUUCCAAGAUGAGGCAAUCAAUCCAGAAUUUAGUACGGAAACACUACAGAGGUAUAUACGUUAUGCUAGGACAUUCAAUCCAAAGAUGACACCAGAAGCGGCAAACGUUCUAGUCGAGAAAUAUCGAAUUCUAAGACAAGACGAUUCAACAGGUGCUGGCCGCAACUCUUAUCGAAUUACUGUCCGUCAAUUGGAAAGUAUGAUUCGGUUAAGCGAGGCCAUUGCAAGGGCGAACUGUACUUCAGAAAUUACUCCUGCCUUCGUCCGCGAAGCAUAUUCCCUUCUACGACAGUCCAUCAUCCACGUCGAGCAUGAUGCCAUUGAUUUUGACGAGGAAGAGCUCGAGGGUGAACGUAACAGAGAACGACAAGUCCUUACCGACAACGGUGAAGAUGUGCCACUAAUAGCCGAUGCAACAACAGAUACUGUAGAUGGCAAUUCUAUUCCGAUCAGAGUAAACACUGGAGGCCGUCAAGCUGCGCCUCUGCCCACUGAAUCAUUCUCGCGAGCUGGAUCCAACCCCCCUGCGGCUACCCCUGCCCCUGCCCCGCCCAAGAAGCGUAUGAUCAUUUCACACGACAAAUACAUCGAGCUGCAGACCAUGGUCGUCAUGCAUGUAUCUAACCAUGAAGCCAAAACAGGCCAUGGUUUGGAUCGCGAGGAUCUCAUAGAUUGGUACCUCGAGCAGAAGGAGGAGGAAAUGCAGGACAUCGACCAAGUAGAGUAUGAAAAGGAACUUAUCGUCAAGCUUCUACGAAGAUUGGUUAAGGAAAACUACUUGCUUGAGAUAAAAGGAGAUGCGCAAGAUUCACUGCUUUCUGCCGACGAAAGUCAGCUUUCAUCGGCGCCAGUGGAGGGUGACAACGUCCGAGUCUUCUACAUGGUGCACCCAUCGGUCGACACGGAAUCUUCGAUGACCUCUGGAUACUGA